AUGGAUGGUAAAAAUGAUGGGAAUGUUGAUAGUCAAUCAUCGCCCACCAAUGUCACAAAACCAUUGCCAAAAGGGUAUACUAGUACCAUUCGAGAUGCAAAGCUAGAUGGAGUUUCAAACACUUCAACUUCAAGUCUGAGGACUUGCAACAUGGCUCGUAAUGAGGUAAAUUUUGCACUAAUGACUUCAAUUGUUAAAAUUUUUGAGCCAUCUACUAUUCAGGAGGCACUUGAAUCAAAGCCUUGGAAAUCUGUUGAAAAACAACACUUGGGACUUGUUGAUCUACCACUUGGUAAUAAAGCAAUUGGUUGUAAAUGGACUUUUAAAACAAAGUAUAAAGCAGAUGGUAGUAUAGAUAAACAUAAGGCUAGACUUGUAGCCAAGGGUUAUGCCCAAAAAGAAGGGAUAGACUAUGAGGAAACAUUUGCUCCCACUACAAAGAUAAAAAAUAUUAGAAUAAUUUUGCUUUAG